AUGUCGUACGGGUACGACGAUGAUUCCAAGAGAAAGAAGAGGUAUGCUGUUAUCUCAAUCUCCUCUGUUCUUCUAAUCUCCAUGGUCGUCGCCGUUACCGUCGGUGUCAACCUCAGCAAGAACGAUGGUAAAGGUGACUCUGAAGGUAACGGGCAGAUAACGGCUUCCGUCAAAGCCGUCAAGGACAUAUGUGCACCAACGGAUUACAAAAAGACUUGUGAAGACAGUCUCAUGAAGAACGGGAAGAAUACGACUGACCCGAUGGAGUUGGUUAAGACCGCGUUCAGUGUCACGAUGAAGCAGAUCACCGACGCGGCUAAGAAGUCUCAGACGAUUAUCGAUCUUCAGAAGGAUCCGAGGACAAGGAUGGCACUUGAUCAGUGCAAGGAGCUGAUGGAUUACGCGUUGGGAGAGCUUAGUAACUCCUUUGAGGAGCUAGGGAAGCUUGAGUUCCACAAGCUCGACGAGGUUUUGAUCAAUCUGAGGAUUUGGCUCAGCGCGGCGAUAAGCCACGAGGAAACUUGCCUUGAAGGGUUUCAAGGAACGCAAGGGAAUGCUGGAGAGACCAUGAAGAAAGCCUUGAAGACGGCUAUCGAGUUGACACACAACGGGCUAGCGAUCAUCAGCGAAAUGUCGAAUUUCGUGGGCCAAAUGGGUAUUCCUGGGCUGAACAGCCGCCGGCUUUUGGCCCAGGAAAUUCCCUCCUGGGUGGACCAGCGAGGGCGUAGGCUCUUGCAGGCUGCUUCCGGGUACUCCGAUGCGAAGCCUGAUAUUGUUGUGGCUCAGGACGGGAGCGGUCAGUAUGCAACGAUCAACGACGCGUUGAAGCACGUUCCAAAGAAGAAGAACACGACUUUUGUAGUUCACAUUAAGGCUGGAAUCUACAAGGAGUACGUUCAAGUCAACAAGAGCAUGACUCAUCUCGUGUUCAUCGGCGAUGGUCCCGAGAAAACCAUCAUUUCCGGUAGCAAAAAUUACAAGGACGGUAUCACUACCUACCGUACCGCCACUGUUGCCAUCGUUGGAGACUACUUCAUUGCCAAGAACAUAGGGUUUGUAAACACUGCCGGGGCAAUCAAACAUCAAGCCGUUGCAAUUAGGGUACAAUCAGAUGAGUCCAUAUUUUUCAACUGUAGAUUCGAUGGUUACCAAGACACGCUCUACGCUCACUCCCACCGUCAGUUCUACCGUGAUUGCACCAUCUCAGGCACCAUUGAUUUUCUCUUUGGAGACGCGGCUGCUGUUUUCCAGAACUGCACUUUGUUGGUGAGGAAGCCACUCCCGAACCAGGCAUGUCCGAUCACAGCUCACGGUCGCAAAGACGUGAGGGAAUCAACAGGAUUUGUGUUCCAAGGUUGCACGAUUGCCGGCGAACCGGAUUACUUGGCAGUCAAGGAAACUAGCAAAGCCUAUCUCGGAAGGCCAUGGAAAGAGUAUUCAAGGACUAUUAUCAUGAACACUUUCAUUCCGGAUUUCAUCCAGCCACAAGGAUGGCAACCAUGGCUCGGAAACUUCGGUCUCGACACAUUGUUCUACUCUGAAGUCCAGAACACAGGACCUGGAGCAACCCUUGCAAACCGGGUUACUUGGCCCGGAAUUAAGACACUGAGCAACGAAGAGAUCCUUAUGUUCACACCGGAUCAGUACAUUCAAAGUGAUGUUUGGGUUCAGGGCAAAGGUGUCCCGUACACUCCUGGCCUCUUGGCUGCAAACCCUAAUGCUGCAACCAUAAUCCCCAGCGACCCAGCUGCUUCAGGUUUCUCCUCCUUCACGGAUACAAGUGGUGCUGGCUCAGUUUCUCCAGCAGCUUCCCCGCAAGGGUCUAUUAAGAUAGUUUCAAAGUCUAACUAG